GGGGGCUUCGGCGGGCGGGGCCGCAGGGAGCGGUGCGAGUGGACCCCGGGCGCCUAGUCGCGUAGUGGUCCGAGGAGCGCCCGGAGGAGCGGUGAGUGGCGGAGGAAAAAUAAAUGGAAGCCCUGCCUGAUGCAGCUGUUUUGGCGACUAGACUUAAAAACACUCUUAUCCAGUACCACAACCUUGAAGAUGAAAAGUGGCGAGUUGCUAAGAAGACGAAAGAUGUAACAAUUUGGAGGAAACCUUCAGAAGAAUUUAAUGGAUAUCUCUUCAAAGCCCAAGGUGUGAUAGACGAUGUUGUCAAUAGUGUAAUAGACCAUAUACGCCCAGGUCCCUGUCGCUUGGAUUGGGACAGCUUAAUGACCUCUUUGGAUAUUUUGGAGCACUUUGAAGAGAAUUGCUGUGUGAUGCGUUAUACAACUGCGGGUCAGCUUUGGAAUAUAAUCUCUCCAAGAGAGUUUGUUGACUUCUCCUACACUGUGGGCUAUAAAGAAGGGCUUCUAUCUUGUGGGAUAAGUCUUGACUGGAGUGAAAAGAGAUCAGAAUUUGUUCGUGGAUAUAACCAUCCCUGUGGUUGGUUUUGUGUUCCUCUUAAAGACAGUCCAAGCCAGAGUCUUUUGACAGGCUAUAUUCAGACGGAUCUGCGUGGAAUGAUUCCCCAGUCUGCAGUAGAUACAGCUAUGGCAAGCACUUUAAUUAACUUCUAUGGUGAUUUACAAAAAGCCUUACAAAAGGCAUAAUUUGCUUAAACUCACAGCAGUAGCGCAUUCUCCGGUUCAGCUCCAUCUCCUAGUUGUGUGGCUCAUAGAAAAUCACCCUUCCCUCUCUUCUGCGUAGCCUGUAGAAAAUUUUGAGAUGCUUUUGGUUUAUUUUAUUCAGAAAGUAAAUAGCUAGCUAGAGUGAGCAUCUCAGUUUUCCUAAACAGUUAUUUGCACAUUGUUUGGAAUGGUAGUGUGUCUAGGAAUGGAGAGGAUGACAGAAAUUCACCAAGAAGUAGAUAUAGGUCUUUGACAUAAACUCUCAAGAAAUUGAAUCAUGCCUCAGUAGGAAUAUUUUGGCUGCUUAGAAAUUAGAGAAAGCCAAGCUUCUUGCUGGUAGGUUAAAAUCACCUGUUUUAGAGCUUUAUAAACAUUCUGUAAAAGUUUUAACUUUGGAGGAAGUUAUAUAUUAAUGUUUUACUAUAUGUAUGCUCUGUGAGUUUAACAAUAUCUUGGACUAAAGAAAUACUACUUUUCUCUAUACUUCCUAAAGAUGAACUGCACUAUUGACUUGAACUACUUUAAAUAUUGAAAAUAUCAGAAAUAAGAAUAGGUAUCCUAAUACAAUGCAAUUCAGUUUUGAUACCUAGAUAACAGUAUUUUGUAGAUACCUUUAAAAAUAUAUUUGUAUCCUUAUGUGCUUUUAUUUUGGGAGUCUUAAAAGCCUUUAUGCAUGAAUAAGACAGUGCAAAAAACUGCCAGAUAUGUGCUGGGAUACCACGUUGAUUGAGCAAUAUUCUGGGUUGUGUGAAAUGGGUAGUGGUAUCCAGUACUAACCAACAGAGAAUCAUCUUUUUAGAAAGUUAGAUUUGAUGAAUGUUUUGUACCUGUUUGAGUUUUAAAUGUGUCACUCAAAUCAUAAAUUACUCACUGUAUCAUACACAUUCACAACUGUGAUGUAAUUUCAGUCUGGAACUAUAACAAAUGCAUUCAUAGAUUCAUACAAAUGCCUGGAUGAGUCAUUUCAUAGCUAGAAUGGACUUGAUUCUGUGGCUGCAUCAGGCGAACAUUCCUGAAUG